AUGGGAUCCGAAAGCACGUCGCUGGAGUCAUUCUUAGACCAAUUUCCUAUCGAGCCUCCCGGUGCUUCGGAACCUUGGUCGCUAGCUAGAGACUUGUGGCUUAUCUAUCGGAGCCUAGCAAUAACUUCAUCAGAUCAGUUCAUUCCAACGCCGCUUUUGAAGCAGAACAUGUCGACGGGACAUCAGACAGGGAAAUGCCUAGCUGUCGACAUUGGAGGGACGAAUCUUCGAGUAGGCAUCAUUGAAUUUCUCGACAUGAAUCAGGCCAAGGAUCAUGAUGGCAUAGAUGAGAGUGCCAAGGAUGAUUCAAAUAGGAGCCGGCUUCACAAAUCUUUCGAAAAGUCUUGGUAUAUUGAUGAGGACCUGAAAAAGGAACAUCCGCAAAAGAUCUUCAACUGGAUUGGAAGUUGCAUCGUCGAUGUAAUUCGCAAUAAAAGGAGUUUUCCGGAUGGCUAUGACGAAAAGUUUCUGCCUGUCGGCAUCACGUUUUCCUUCCCCAUGAUCCAAGAGUCAUUACAGGAAGCUAAAAUAAUGGCACUGUCCAAAGGGUUCACUCUUGCUACGGAUAUGGAUCUGGGGCAUCUUCUUAUCCAAGGCUAUGAGACUUACAGAGUUAAACUGGGUGAUGAGCUAGAAACUAAGUUGCCAGAUUUAAAGAUUGCCGCCAUUGUCAACGAUGCAGUCGCAACGUUCAUCACCGCAAACUACAACGCCCAAAGCUCGUGCGGUAGACCAGUACCUAUGAGUUUUAUCUGCGCGACAGGCACCAACGCUACUGUAACCAUGCCGUUGAGCAGCUUUGGGAGCUUUAAACUCCCCCGUCAUAUGGAUCUGGGGGAGCUUUCUUCAAGUUCUACCGAGUUCAUCAUCAACACUGAGUGGGAGAUGAAGGGAGCAUCAGGGCCACUACAGUCUUAUAUAACACAGUGGGAUUUGCUACUUGACAAAGACCUUCCUAUACCUGGCCAACAGCCAUAUGAUUACAUGACUGCUGGGAGAUAUCUCGGCGAGCUUGCUCGCCUAAUGGCGGUUGACUUCUUCACAAGCCAAUGGCAUAUCUCUGAGCCCGACCUACCACUGCGGCUUCGACAACGAAAUUCUCUAACGACAGCAUUUAUUGGAACCCUUGGCGAUACCAUUACAUCUGGCAGUCGUAACGAAAAAGACCCGAUUGUCGCGAUGUGUGAGACGGAAUUACCCUCUACAUCAGACAGCAAGUGGAAAUGGGACUAUGAAAGUGCAAAUGUCUUGCGCGAAAUCUCAAUCAGAGUGAGAAAGCGCGCAACGAUGCUAACAGGCAGCGCCAUCAUUGCCAUGCUACUUUGCAUCAGAGCUCUAAAGUCCGACAAGUUGCUCGAUCCUGAGUUACUUUCGAGCCAUAACACAGCUCCGUCGGCAAAAGGUCAAUCGCCAAAUGCAGAGGUAGCAGCUGAAGAAGAGCCAUUGCUUGUCGGUUAUACGGGCGGAUGUAUCACGCAUUUCCCAAAGUACUUGGACGAAGUCCAGAGUUGGAUUGAUCGAUUGACAGACGACAUCAAUUCAUCAUCACAAACUAUCGAAUUCAUUCCCGUUGUCGAUGGAGGCAUUCUUGGUGCUGGUAUACUAGCAUGUACGGGAUUGACUACAUAG